UAUGAUAUUCAAAUUUUUUUAGAUGCACCUGUACUAUCAUCUAUGACUGAGCUGAUGAUUUUUCUGGACUGAAAAAAUUUGACUGCUGGACAGCUUGGUCCCCCCCAGUUAAAUAAUCAUAUCUGCACCCCUGCCUGUACCCUGAUGUUCACUGUGAUUCUCUUUCUCUGUUCCAGGUGUGAUCACUGGUUCAGUAGCCGGUAUUCUACUGCGUUACGCAUCACCACUCCCCGCUGAUGUUAUAAUGGUCAUUGCCUUCCCAGGUGACAUUCUUAUGAGGAUGUUAAAAAUGGUGAUUUUGCCUCUGAUCAUUUCAAGUUUGAUCACAGGAUUAGCAGGGUUGGAUGCCAAGUCCAGUGGUCGUCUGGGCACAAGGGCCAUGGUGUAUUACAUGUCUACCACCAUCAUCGCAGCUGUGUUGGGGGUGAUCUUGGUGCUCCUCAUCCACCCUGGUAACCCCAAACUGAAGGCAAACCUGGGCGAGGGCAAAAAGAACGACGAAGUGUCUAGUUUAGAUGCCUUCUUUGAUCUCAUCAGAAAUCUGUUUCCAGAAAAUCUCGUUCAGGCUUGUUUUCAACAGAUCCAGACAGUUACUAACAAGGUAGAAGUAGCUCCUCCUCCAAAUCCAACUCGGUUUGGACGAAAUGCUACCAAGGGGGCAGCAAAAUAUGUAAUCAAGAAGUCUCUUCAAUUUAAGAGUGGCAUGAAUGUUUUAGGUCUCAUUGGAUUCUUUGUGGCGUUCGGGAUUUGCAUGGGAAAGAUGGGAGAAAGGGCCAAGCUGAUGCUUGAGUUCUUCAACGUUCUCAACGAGAUCGUUAUGAGGCUUGUUGGCAUGAUCAUGUGGUAUUCCCCCAUUGGUAUUGCAUGUCUGAUCUGUGGGAAGAUCAUUUCAAUUAAUGAUUUGGAAGUGGUGGCCAAGCAGCUGGGAAUGUACAUGGUCACUGUUAUCAUUGGACUCAUUAUUCACGGAGCCAUGUUCCUUCCUUUAAUAUAUUUUGUUAUUGUUCGGAAAAACCCAUUCACAUUCUUCAUGGGAGUUUUCCAGGCAUGGGUCACCGCUUUAGGAACAGCUUCGAGUGCUGGGACAUUACCUGUUACUUUCCGCUGUCUGGAGGAAAAUCUGGGCAUUGACAAGAGAGUGACUCGAUUUGUGUUACCUGUUGGAGCAACGAUCAACAUGGAUGGCACAGCACUUUAUGAGGCCGUAGCAGCCAUCUUUAUUGCCCAGAUGAACGGAAUAGAACUUGAUCCUGGUCAGAUCGUGACAGUUAGCCUUACAGCAACUCUCGCUAGUGUAGGAGCCGCCAGUAUUCCCAGUGCUGGUCUGGUGACGAUGCUUCUGAUCUUGACAGCUGUGGGACUACCGACUCAAGACAUCAGUUUACUGGUAGCAGUCGACUGGCUACUGGACCGUUUCCGAACAUCAGUCAAUGUCGUUGGUGACUCGUACGGGGCUGGAAUCGUGUACCACCUCUCCAAAGAUGAGCUUGACAUGUUUGAUGCACAGCAGAUAAGGCCAGAAGACUUUGAGAUGGCCAAGACACAAUCCUUUUUUGAGAAUAACUCUAACCACGGUGUAUAUGCAUCUCACAACUCCUAUCAGCCGGUCCAAAUAGAUGACUGCAAGUCUUUCAGCAUUCUGUAAGGAAUCCUGCUGCAGCUAAUUAUUAUCUGUCUUGUGGUAACCUUGGCCUCAAAUGGCUCCCCUGCGGACUUCUCACUUGUUGAGGAGGAACCAUGGAUGCGCGAGUAACACAGCACACAGAUCCAGCUCCGCCUUAUCCUGAGCCCCACAAGCUUAUCCUUUCUGGUGAAAACCAAAUGCUAAUUUUGUACAUAUAAACAGUCAGAAGUUACCACAGAACUUUCAUAUGCACAAGCAAUGACUUUUGAAUGACAAUCUCAGUACAUUUGUUACACAAAGGGAAGAGAACGUAGCUCGAAGUAGUGGGUUGUUCAGUCAGGCUGCAUAUUAUUUACACUCAAGGAUUACGAUAGUUAGAAUUCUAGGCCUUGGGUUAGAAGAGCAAUCUGAAAUCUGCUGCCUUAAGGCUACCGCAUAGAAGGAUCACAGUGGUUUUCCAGCCCCAGAUCGACCCUAGAGCACUACUAGUGGCAGGAGGAGAGAAGUGCAGCUUGUUUGCUGAAGAUAACUUUGACUGGCUUGGCUUAGGUGGAUUAACCCUUGAUUGCGGUACUCCAGAUCAGCCUCUUAUAAGAGCUUACCAAUGUAAUUAGAGGUUCUGAAAUAGUGGUUUGCCUCCAAAUGCUGCCACUUAUUUUUAGAUGCUGCCCGACGUAAAUGUCACGUCAGCAAUUACAGAGCAAUCAGACAUGAAGUAUGACAUUGAGUCGCUUGACGUUAUCUGCAAGGACUGUUAAUAUCCUGCAUAGUGGACUGAAUAGUUUGCAUUCAAACAUUAAUAAGUCUCCAUGCGUGUUUAUGUUUGAGGAAAGGGACUUGCAUGUGUGUAGGUUUUGUAUGUAUCUGUCUGCUUAGUUAAGUUAUCGAUUAAUUUAUGUAUUUAUUUGUUAAGUUACAAUCUUGCCUUGAAGAUAUCAACUGCAAACUGCAGACAGAAGACUUUAUGAUAUUAAUAUUAAAUUCAAUCCCGUUUUCUUGGAUCUUAGACCACUAAUAGUGUUUGAUUCUCUGAGAAGCCUUCUUGGAUACUCAGAUAUUAAGUCCAGUUGAAUGGAUUUUGUAUUUACUCUGAUAAGAGAGGCCCUCGGGUUAUUUGGUGCUCAGGUUGUUAGCAUGUAACGGAAAAGAGAUGACAGAACUGAGAUCUAUCAUUACAUUUGCACCAUUUAUUUGGUAGUCUGUAAUAGCAACACGAUCAGCUUUCCUCUUUUGCACCAGAAUCUUAAAAUGUUUUCAUUAAAGUGCCUCCUUGCACUUUCUGUACAUAUAUAUAAAUACACAUAUGUAUGCUGUCAUAUUUUAGAUGUAUUUUUCAUGCAAAUUAAAGUGUAGUGUUAAUUUUUGCCUAUUGUUUUAUAAAACAACGGCAAUUCAUGUAUUCAUUUCAGUAUUUUACUAAUUAGAGCGUAACAGGUUGUCUUAAAUAGUUAUUGCUAUCAUAUACUGUACAAGUCACAUGAAACAGGUGGCUGUGAAACAUUGACUGAUGAGUAAAAAUGUAUGUAUAUGAAUGUAAGCAUAUUUUUCACUGUUACAGUUCAUGGUGAUAUUGUGUAUUGUUAAACAUUUUGGUAGGAAUAAUGACACUAGGGGGAAAAGUUAAAUUACUAAUCAUUAUAAACCAGGCUUGCUAUGGAUUUAAUAGCCUUGUAGAGUGCAGAGAUCUUGAGGAUGUAUCUUGAGGAAAUGAUACACAACCUAGAUACAGUAUCUAUAAUGUAAAAGUGUGCACUG